UGGUUAUCUAAAACAAAUAAAAAAAAAGUACAAUACCUAGAUGUGUGUUUCAAAAAACUUGUUAUUUCCACGUUAAUUAUAUUAUUUCGAUUUUCUUGUGAAACAGACGGCAUCAUUUUCUUUUUAGCGAUACAAUAACAAGGAAAACUUGUGGUUUAGGUACACACAUUCACAAUCAGGUCAGUCUAGUCAACGAUGCGUGCGGUACAACUGCUUAUACUGUUCGGGCUUGCCCUGCAAGUGUUUGGUCAAGAUUUCGUGGUAGUCAACACUUCUAAAGGCCAGAUAAAAGGUCGCGAUGAAGGCUCUUACAACACCUUCUUUGGGAUUCCGUACGCUAAAGUGGAUGAGGAGAACCCGUUUGGGGUGUCCUUGCCCUACCCAUACUUCACCGAACCGUUCAAUGCUACUGAUAUCACCAUAAGCUGCCCCCAAGUGUUCCGCCCCCAAAGUAUCAUCCAAUGCCUUCGCCUCAACAUCUAUGUCCCAAAAACCACAAAGAAGAAGCUGCCAGUCAUGGUCUGGAUCCAUGGAGGGGCCUUCAUCUUCGGAAGUGGUGGGGACUACGGAGGCCAGUAUUUGGUACAGCACGAUAUCAUCGUGGUAACAAUCAAUUACAGACUUGGUCCGUACGGAUUCCUUUGCCUGGAUGACCCAAAAGUGCCUGGCAACCAGGCUUUGAAAGACCAAGUGGACGCUCUGAAAUGGGUUCAACAAAAUAUCGAAGCGUUUGGAGGAGACCCUAAGAAGGUUACAGUUGCUGGUGAAAGCUACGGCGGAGGCUCCGUAGAUCUGCUCAUGUAUUCGAAUACAGAAAAGUUAUUUGACAAAGCAAUUGUGGAGAGUGGCACAGCUCAAGAGGACGCUAUGUUUGUGAAGCCAGAUUACACGGCUGCCAUUAAACUGGCCGCAUUAUUCAAUUACACAGCUUGUAGUACUAAAGACGCUCUGAAAUUCCUUGCACAGAAAGACCCUUUCGAGUUGAUGCAAGCAUUCAACUCCUCUGACAUACUGCUUAGGGUUUGCAAAGAAAAGAAGUUCAAAGGAGUACAGAGCUUCCUCACCGACGACUCUUUUCAUCUGUACAAUCCAAAAAAAGUAAAAGACACCCCUGUGAUAUUUGGAUAUAAUAGUAAAGAACAAUUCAAUACGAUUGCGAACGAAACUGACGACUUUUUCCGAAGUCUUAAGGAUAUUAUUAUUGAAAGCCUAAAUAGAACUUUUAACUUUAAUGAGGAAGAGUUGUUGCAAGUAUCGAGUAUCGUGAAGAAGUUUUAUAUGGGAAGCAAAGAAAUUGGACAAGAUACUAAGCUGGCUUUGGGUGAAUUUUUAACUGAUUUCAGUUUUACACACGCAGCUGAAACCUCUGUGACAAGGCUAGUGGAUCAGGGGGCUAAAGUGUACAAAUACAUUUUCUCUUACAUUGGAAAUAGUAGGUAUAAGAAUAUACAUGGAGUCGGAGCAUAUCAUACUGAAGAACUGCAGUAUCUGUUUGGGUUGGGGGAAGAUUUCGGUUUUGACCCGUUGGUGGAGCCUGAACAUUUGAUGAUGAGGGACAGGAUGACGACAAUGUGGGCGAAUUUCGUAAAAUACGGAAACCUCAUUCCAGAGACAUCAGAUCUCCUGCCAGUGCAAUGGGACACGGUGCCCAAGGAUUCCAGACCAUACAUGGACAUAGAUGUGACCAUGGAAAUGCUCGAAGACGUGUACCACGACAGGGUAGCAUUUUGGGACCUACUUUGGUACAACUAUUGGAGACAAUCUAAACUUCUAUGUUAAGAAAAAAUAAUAAUAAUGAAGAUAUUGCGUUAGAAAAUUAAAUUUUGUUACUGA